CGCAGCGCUUUAUAGGUAAAAGUGCACACGUUGCAUCAACUGCAGGACACGGCAACAACUGGACACAAAUAUGCGCACGGGUGCACCGGCGAGAGGUCUCUCAUUGCCUUCGCUGACACCGCUUGAAGACACCAAAUCCUUGUCGGUUCGAACCCAAGGAGCACGAACAGUCCGACCAGCACUCCAAAAAGGUGUGUCGAUCUCCAGUGUAUCAGAGCGUUACAAAUCGCAGAGGAUUAGCGCCGGAAGUGGGGAGCUUGGGAACAGAACGGGUUAUCACCGUCCUGCUUCUUCUUCGUCAUUCACUGCUGUAUCAGUCUCUGGGGAUGUUGCUGGAAAUCGGGGAAAACCCUUAACAAGAGCUGUGUCCAUAAGUGGAAGUGGAACAGGUCCAUCUCUGUCAAGCCGACGGCGACAAAGUGAUGCCGACAGCGAUUCUUCCGCGGUAGCAUCUUCCAGUACGCUCACAUCGCCAAGUAAAUCGACAGCCCGUCUCCGCCAAGCAACAAGUACAAACAGAUUGUAUGCAGGUCGACCUGCAAUAACCAAGCAAACUUCCAUAACCCAACCCCCUCAAAAAUCAAACUAUGUCACGGAUGUGGGAGCGCACCACUCAUCAGAAGACUUUCAUGUUCUCCGCACCGUUGCUCGAGAUGGGCUUUGCACAACUGUUCUCUCCGUUUUAAAGUCUGAUAUUGAGUCUGCGUGCUCGUGGUAUACGUCCCCAGCUCCCAUACCAAGGACCUGUGCUAUUAAAAUGUUUCGAAAAACAAAUGUCGUACAGCGCAAGGCCCUGCAGCGACUGCAGCGGGAGCGUGAUGUUCUCGUGAAGGCUCGACAAGACUUGCAAGGAGGAUUUGUAGUGACGCUCUUGGGAACGUGGCAGAAUUCUGAACAUGUUUUCAUGGCCUUGGACUGGGGUCCUAUUGAUCUACGGGAAGUACUACGCGUGCGCAGGAGAUUUGACGAAGAGAGUGCUCGAUUCUAUAUCGCAGAAGUUACUGUUGCUCUCGAAUUCCUUCACGAAAAGAAUAUACUUUUCCGAGAUCUGAAACCAGAAAGCAUCCUUGUAGAUGACGAUGGGCACGUUAAGCUCUGUGAUUUUGGGUUAGCAAAAUCGAUACCAGCCGAAGGGUCGACCAGCACCUUUUGCGGAACACCUGGCUACAUGGCCCCCGAAAUCCUCACCAAAUCGCAUUAUUCUACAGCAACGGACUGGUGGUCACUGGGAAUAGUACUUUACGAGAUGCUUGUUGGUGACGUGCCGUAUGGGCGCGACCCAGAUCCCUAUCUUACUGUAACUCUCAUAGCGACUACAGCGCUAACCCUUCCAGAUACGCUCUCUCAACCAGGACGUGAUCUGGUCAAACGCCUCUUACAUCCUGUCCCGCGGGAGCGCUUGGGGUCAUGGCAUGGAAGUGAAGAUGUUAAAUGUCACGGAUGGUUUCGGUCCAUAAAGACUUGGAGGGGGGUGGUACAACGUAAUUUGGAACCACCUUGGGUUCCAGAUGUGGAUUGGGAGGUUGCAGCAUGUAUUGAAAACAGACUUUUGGCGCUGCGAGCAGGGAAUAGUGAUGAUAUGGAGAGAAAAAAGGAAGCUGGACUUGAAGUAGUGGAUGAGUACGCAGAUCUAUUCAAAGGGUUUUGAGGACUAUUAAGUUAGGUAGUCAGAUAGAAGAUAGUAAAAGGCGAAUAUUUACAAAUGCAC